AUGGUCAAACUGUUUUGGAAAAGGAUGGACGAGGCGGCGGAGGGAGUAGGAGUGGGAGGGGGUGCCGGACACGAGGGAGGAGGCGAGGGGGCGCCACGCGUCGUGGUUGAGUACAGCUACGAGGAGGAGGAGGAGAUCGAGGAGGAUACAUCGAGACAAGCUCAGCACGGGGAUGUCGAAGAGGAGAAGGGCGGAGCAGCUGGGCAGGAUUUCGGGACAGGAGUGCAGCAGCAGGAGGGCGGGGCUGCUGCGCAGGAGGGUGGGGUCGGAGGGCAGGAGCAGGAGGGCGGGGAGGCUGCGCAGGAGCGACUCGUCGCAGUAAGAAGGAGACACCGCACGGCCAGUGGCAGCGGACAGGUGGGCCCUUCGACGGCAGGCCGUUCGACGUCGGACAUUGCAUCCGGAGACCAGGUCGUCGAGCUACUGCAGAGAGUCGCGGAGGUCGAGGCAUCACAGAAGAAGCUCGUCGCGGACGUAUUUGCGAAGCACAGUGAGCAAGCCGUUGUUUUCAACAAGCUUGCUGGGGAUUUUCGGACGGCCUGGAAUACGAUUUCGGAGUCGUCGAAGAGCACGCUGAAGCAGUGCGGCGAUGCCGUAAACGGUGUCACGGAGGAGAGGAAGGUGUUGGAAGGGGCACACUCGAAGCUCGACGAGAUGAGCGGGAAAAUCAUCGAGGGGGUGGCAGCCGCUAUCACAAAAGCGAGCGAGGACGCCGUCGAGAAGCAGCUCAAGCUUGUCGAAGAGCGGCUGGUUGCUUCGGUCGUGAAGGGUAUUGAGAAAGCCGUCAAGGAGGACUUGUUCUACUCCACCCUCCCGGCCGAGAGCAUGAAGGAGCUGAAGGACGUUGUGAGAGAAAGCUACCAAGAAGCUGAAGCUGGCAGAUUGGAAGUCCUCACCGAAGCGGUGGCGAGAGGGUUUCGGGGCUCGGCGGGCCCGUCGACGAGGUCGCGUCAGGAGGAGGGGGUGGCUGGUGUUCGCAGCGGGGUUGAGCGUCGAGUUCAUGAGCGCCCGGUUCCUCCUUCUUCUUCGGUGGGAGGACAUGUCGGCAGCCCGGUAGCAUCCCCACCGUCGCGUGCCCGUCAGACCGUCGGCAAGUCCGUCGAGGACAAGGAUGUCAUCGUACUCGACCAAUCGCCCCGUCAGCAGACCUCCGAAGCGGCACCGAAGCCUCCGCCUGAUGCUUUUGCUCCGCUGCGGAACAUGCUGCAGGGCCUCGGGAAAAAGGGUGGGAAAGGAGUGGUUGCGGGGGAGAAAAGUGGUGCCCCAAUCGGCCAGGUCGCCCCUGCCGGGAAAGGAGCCGUGGAAAAGCGAGGUGCCCCUACCCCGUCCGGAGGCGCUGCGGGGAAAGGAGCGGGGGAGAAACGGGGUGCUCCCAGCCAGGUCGCCGUCGCUGCUGGGUUGCUGUCGAAGACAAAGGCGGACUCAGCUGCACAGCUCGGCAUUGCUGGUCGUCCUGUCGAGCUUGUGGGAAAGAGGCCGUCGUCCGUUUUAGGCGACGUCUCCCUUAGCGAACCGGGUUCCCCUCCUCCUGGUCCGAGGCCAAGGUCCCCUUCUGCGUCGAAGAAAAGGCAAGCUGUGACGAAGUCGACGAAGCGGGCUGCAGAGGCAACAGAGAGCAGUGACGUCGAGAUGGCUUCUACCGUCGUUGCUGCUCGACACGAAAAGUCGAAGAAGCCCAAGGUGAUCGGCUACGCCCCACCUCCUCCGCCGGACGACCAAGGCAAGACAAGAGGCUGCAAAGCUCCCUUCAAAGGACCGGGCAUGAUGUCGCGCAAGGGGAAGUCGGUUUCCGAGCAGACCGUAGGCUCGAGGAAGCGGUUCCUGGGCACUUUUGAAACGGAGGCGGACCAGAAGUUUUGUACGGCCAUCUGCUGGCGCGUGUACUUCCCCGACAUAGACCUCAAGGAGUACGAGGGGUUCACGGCGCAGGAUGAGAAGGACUGGAAGGUCUAUCUCGAUGCAGCAGCGCGUAUGCCCACCGGCGUUUGGAGCGUGGCGCAAGAACAAGGGGAAUGUCGUUUCGACGAGUGA